AUGAAACGAGAGCGCUACGCACUGGCCGAAGUGCUGACAAUUGCCCAGUUACAUCCGUUUUACCAUCCUGAGAUUGAAUAUCCCCCUUGUGAAGACACAAUCGAACAAGCCCAUAGAAAGGCGUCGGGAGAUCGGGCAGACUACGCUCUUUCGUCCCAGCCUCUACUACAGAAAAGUGCAAUAUAUAAAGCCGCGGAAAGACUGACGAAUGAUGUCGAUCGACGAAACACCUACCGCCAGAGCUCGUAUUUGAGCAUCACCGGCGGUGGCAGCGGAGGCACGCCUAUGAUGUUUGCUGUGGAUGUGCACGAGAACCGCCAGCAGAGAAUUCAAAUGGGAAAGUUCAUUCGCCUUUGUGGUGUUGUCAGUCCCAGAGACUGGGUCCUGUCUACUCAUGUCUCCGGGGGAUUCUACAGGUCUUUGGACCUUAUGACGGAGAUCCUUGAGAAUGCUGGAGCCUCAGUGCUCAGCGGAGGAGACUCCAUGACCCUGGAUGAAAUUAUACAAACACUGCUUCAUUACCACGUCAAUGUCCUGGCCGGCGAUGGAAGUCAAAUUGUCCGCGUGACUUACCAUGUGGCGACGAUGUCCCCCGAAGUUCGCAGUCGCUUAAAACUGGACAAGAUCAUCUAUACAUCCGAGCCGCUGACUGCCACACAACAAGCCUUCAUCCGCACCACUUUAGGGGACGCAAUUGGUAAUGCCGAGCUGACGGGCGAGCACGGGCUCGUCGACGAGGAUAGCAAUAGCGUGUCUGAUUUCGUCUUCGAUACGCGCAAUAUGCUACUUGAGAUUUUUCCCACAGCCGUUCUUGACGCCCAGGGACAUUUCUCUUUUGAUCCGGACUCAGAAGUUCCAUCUCCACUUCCCAUGGGUCAAACGGGGCUAGUGGUGCAAACCUCUCUGCAACGGCUUCGUAAUCCUCUCGUCCGCUAUAUCACUGGCGACGUCGGAUCCGUGCAUAGCCUCCCGACAUCUGUUGGCGACUUCAUUCCAGAAGGUGAGCGGAAGCAUCUGCGCGUUUUACGUAUGCAAGGACGGGACCGCCGCUUCAGUUUCAAAUGGUCUGCUGAUUACACUGAAUUCGAGCGGUUGAAAGCACUCAUGCAGACCCCAAAAUGGGAUAUCCUACAUUGGCAAAUCAUCUUGGACCGGUUGAAUUCCUCGCCAGAGGUAACGCUGGAAAUCCGAUUACUUCGUAUUCCAACGCAUGAUGGUCAGUUGUUGUCAGACGAAUGUCUUGUCAAAAAGCUUUGGGAAUUCUUCUUCAUCAUCCCUGAGAACCAGCACCUCUUUCAAGUCACUUUUUUGAAAGAACUUUCCGGCUUUGAGAGAAGCUCCACAGCGGGCAAGAUCAUCAAUUUUGUUGACCGGGUGCAUUGA